GCGGUUCGCCCCGGCUCGGGAGAGCCGAACGCCCUGGGAAAGUCGGCGGGAACGCGGCCGGGCCGGGGCCCGCGUCCUAAAGCGGCGCGCAGCCAGCGCAGCGCUGGUCCGACGCUCCGGGUUUUGAGACUCUGUGCGAUUUAAUGGUGCGCUGAGAUUUCCCUACAAGGAGGUGGUUUAGAAUAGAUGUAUUAAAUUUAUGAGACAAACCCGUGCUGAUUCAGAAGCUGUGGGCGCAGUGCACAAGCUGUGUGCACCAAGGCAGCAGCACUGACCAGCACCCAUGACUCUGCUGUUGGAGUGACGCAACAGAAGCACGUUCCUGAAGAGGCUUCCUGUGUCUGGAGGAGAAAUACUCUUCUUGAUUUCUGCACCUGAAAUUGAAAUCUACCAUUGAAAUCAACAAAAAAGAAAUGAUAAAAUUUUUUCUUAUGGUUAACAAACAAGGACAAACAAGACUGUCCAGGUAUUAUGAGCAUGUAGAAAUUAAUAAACGGACAGUGCUGGAAGCUGAAGUAAUUAAAAACUGUCUCUCCCGUUCAAAGGAUGAGUGCUCUUUCAUUGAGUAUAAGGACUUCAAGCUGGUGUACCGACAGUAUGCAGCCCUUUUCAUAGUUGUUGGCAUCGACCAGACAGAGAAUGAGAUGGCAGUAUAUGAGCUAAUUCAUAAUUUUGUGGAAGUUUUGGACAAAUACUUCAGCAGAGUGAGCGAAUUAGAUGUAUCCUUUUCAAUCAUGUUCAAUUUGGACAGGGUGCACAUCAUUUUGGAUGAAAUGGUGCUAAAUGGUUGCAUCGUGGAAACGAACCGGAACAGAAUUCUCGCCCCUCUGUUUGUGCUUGACAAAGUGGCAGAAGGCUAGGGAGAUGCAAGAGUGACUAAGGCAUUUUACAAAAAAUGGCAAAAGCAUCAAGAAUGUGCCUAUAGCAGUUUUCUGCUGUUGCAAGACUGACUCAUGCGACAUUCAAAUUAGUUGGAAAAUAUUUUCCAUUUCUUAUAGUCUGUGUAUGCAAUGAGAAGGAUACAGCUAAACAUGUGGAUGCAUUCAGAUGCAGCUUCACUGACCCAACAGAAAUCUUCCAAGAAUGGUCAAUAAUUUUAAAACAUUUUGAGGAUGAAGAAGUGGAAACUUACCAUGACUGACUAGGCAUCACUUUGAAUCACUUUGAUUAUGUAGUAUCAUGCCAGAUCUAAAAGACAAAAAUCAUAGAAAAAUAAAUUCAAACUGAGUUUCAGUCUUUCCCUUAAGCACCAACUUGAUUUAUUUUCAUACAAAUUUACUGUUAAUAAUAGUGCUGUGACUUUUAUGCCCACUUUUAUACUACAUUCAUCCUUUAUCAAAAAGCUGGUUUCCCUCCCUUUGCCAUGCAAGUCACAGACGAAAAGUACAGAUGUGUAAAGUAUUUCUACAUACUUUACAAAUUGUAACUGGAAUUAUUUUGCACCGAAAUAUUAUAAUAUUAAUAAAAAAUACUUAAAAUCAGAA